CCAACACCUCCACGAAUCCGUUGACCAGCACCACAGCAUCACCCGACUUCUCAACACUUCACUUCUAACCUCCAAAUAACCUGCCGCAUACUCUUCAUCGGUUUCCACAGUACUAUUGACUUAGCCAACGCGUACGGAAAUUACCGUCCAACAGAAAGCAACGCGCUUACCGUAACCACCUGUUCGAAGCGCGAAUCGCAUCCCAUCCAAUUGAAUCAACUCGACUCGACUCGACUCGGACUCCUUGGGAAUACCACAACCGCCUUCAAACCCCGCGAAAACGACUACACCACCUACAACCCCACAGCGCUGCUACAGCGUCCCCAUAAUCCGCAACAAUGUUCUUCUUCUUCACCUGCGGAACACACACCUUCACCUCUGAGCUCAAAGGCGCCGGGCACAUCAAGGUACAAUGCCAAAACUGCGGCAACUUUAGAACGGGCGUCAUGAAGCGCUGGGAGUGGUUUACGUUUUGCUUCAUACCCGUUAUCCCGUUUUCGCUCAAGCCCUACAAGGAGGUCGGCUGCGAGACUUGCCACUUUUGGCAGGAUAUCAAGUAUCGGCCGGAUGUGCUGCAGCAGAUGGAUCAGGGCCCGGGUCAGGGCCAGGGGGGGCCGGCGAUUAUGAUGGGCGGGAAUGGUGGGGGGCAGGGGCCUCCUCCGCCGCCGCAGGGCGUGCCGCAGUAUAAGUAAGGAGGGGGUGGGUUGAGGAUGUUCUGGGGUGGUUACGUUGGAGCGUGGAGUAACGCAUGAUACCAGUUGAGGGGGGUGUGGAUGAAAGAGAGAGAGAGAAGGGAGAAAGGACCGUUAUGAUAUCCCAAGGUCAUUCUUUGGAAUGCUUUUAAAUUCCGGGACGGGGCGUAUAGCGUUUGUUCACCAUCCUGAUACCACGCAUGUUUUUCUUGUCAUAUCCUUUUUUUUUUUUUUUU